AUGGGUUUAUCUUGGAAAAAGUGUUCGCUUUUAAUGAUUGUUAUAUCUUGGCAUGUGACUGAAUUGGCAUCUUGCUGUCCCGAAAUAUGUGCAUGUAAUAAUAACUUAAUGCCAUGCCAGAAAUGUUCCUAUAACAUAACUUUAAAAGAAAAUGCUAACGUUUAUCAGGUGCUAAUGUGCUGUACUGAAGAGGAAGAGGCAAUAAGAAGGACGAGUGAUGUCAUAAAUAAGACAUACUUGGAAACUACAGCUAAUUUUGGAAAAAACUGUAAUAAGAGUAAUAUUGUUAUCAAUCUUCCUAUUUUGGAUACACAUUUAAUUUCAUUGCGAAACAAUAAUAUCAUUAGGCUUCAAAUUAAUAUAAUGCCAUAUAACUUGCGAGAAAUUGAUUUAUCUUUGAAUAAGAUACGGUUUGUCACUAAAGGAGACUUAAACAAGUAUUUGAAUUUACGACGAUUGAUUCUUAGUAAUAAUUGUAUUUCAAGCAUUUUCCAAAAUAGUUUUACAGGUUUAACAAAAUUAGAAUAUCUAGAUUUAUCGCACAAUAAUCUUUCUACUUUGACAAAUGUUUUUACGCCUUUAAAAAACCUUCAACUUCUCAAUUUGAGUAGAAAUAACAUAGAAUUUAUACAUGAAAAUUGUUUUAAUAAUUGGUUAUUACAACAUCUAGACGUGUCGCAUAAUAAUUUAAAAAAAAUAGCUCCAGGGGCUUUGCAACUGUUACCAAAUCUUGCUCGCCUAUUAUUGACAGAUAACCCGCAUUUAGGAAUGACGCAAUUGGAUACACAGUUGUUAGUGGGAAUAGGUCGUAGGCUACAACAAAUUGAUGCAUCCAGAACAGGUUUAUAUCAAGUACCCGAGGCUUUCACACAUUCAGUACGAUUUCUGUCCCUUAUAGGAAAUAACAUAACAGCUGUAAGAUGUGGAGAUCUUGACAGCUACCCUUUGCUGCAAACUUUAGAUUUUACUGAUAAUAAUAUUAUAACUGUAGAAGAUGAUUCCUUAGGCCGACUUGAAAUGCUUUUAUUUUUAAAAAUCAACAAUAAUUUUCUCAAUUCCGUACCGAAAUCAUUGCCAGAUGAACUAAAAUAUUUAUCAAUAAGUAAUAACUCCAUUAAAAAUAUUUCCAUACCAGAUUUUAAAAAUUUACCAAAUUUACGUAUCUUGCAAUUACAACAUAAUCAAAUUAGAUUUAUUCAAGAUCAUGUAUUUGAUGAUUUGCUCUCAUUAGAGAUGCUUGACUUAUCUUAUAAUCCAAUCCAAAUGCUAUCUUCAAGCACUUUUGAUGGACCAUUAUUACUUCGGGAUUUAAGGCUUUGUUAUUUAAAUGUUUCUGUGCCUGAAGAAGUUGGUUCAUUUCCAAUGUCGUCGCCUGAAAGCGUUCAGAUGCUUCACUUACAGGCUAGUCCGGGCUUGGCGAGGCAAUUAUUAGCCGAUUCUGCAGCUUUAGCUGCAUUUUCUCGUUUGCAAUAUUUAGAUUUAAGAAUGAAUAAUUUAAAGGAAAUAAGAAAUGAUUUGUUAUUUUAUCUUGUGCAAUUAAAGACAUUAAGACUGCAUGGUAACCAAAUAAAUUGUAGCACAGAGUUAUGGUUGACUGAUUGGAUGAAUUGGAAUAAAAGUUUGUCCGAUGGAGAAACAUGUUAUUUUUCAACUUCUGAAGACAAAUCUGAAAUAACAAAGUACAAUUGUACAUUUCAAGAAACAUUUACGAUAAACGAAAGUUUGCCACCUGUUAGCUUAUACAGCACUGAAAUGAUUAACAAAUUACUAAGAUACUAUGGAUAUCUCAAUAACAAAACUGACAGAGCUUAUUUGAGGCACGAGAAUAACAAAACUGAAAUAAAAAAUAAUAGUAGUAAUGAAGAUUCAUCAAAAAUUAAGGGGAUUAAAUCAAAAAGUAGCUACAUAGAGUCUGAUACAAUGAAGGUUGAAAACAAGAUUAUUUCAAAAAAUAAUUUUUUUAUUAAGUUUAAUGAAAAUUUAAAUGAGACCUUCGUAAUCAAAUCUACACAGCCAGCAAAAGUCUUCAAUAAUAACGAAUAUCGAAAUGAUAAAUUAAAAAUAGAUCGCAGACUUGUAGAUUUCGAUGUAUCUAUAACUACAACAAGCAAAACAUCAAAAACGGCUUACUACAGUGAUAAUAACGAUGAUCAAGAAAAAAAGUUUACGGGAAAAAGAUUGAAUACUCCGAUUUUAUCUAAAGUAUCAGUUCCCUAUAUAUUCACAACAACAAAACUUCAAGCACAAAGAACCGUAAAUGACGCAUAUACAACAUAUCCUAAUGAAAAACUUGAGUAUUCACCAUACCAAGCAACACACCAAAGCUAUGCCCAAUAUAUUGGUAUAGUUGCUAUAACAAGCUUGAGUGUGAUUUCCUUAAUUCUUUGGGUUAGUUUUCGACUAAGAUUUAGGAGACGACAGCUUCUAGCGGUAGAAGUAGACAACCAAAUAGAGGUGUCGAAUAUAUCUGGUGGAGUAUUGUGGUGA